CCCAGAUUCCGCCAAGAGCUAUCACAGACAGCUCUGAUCACAAAUUCAAGCUUUAGAAAGAAAGUAAAUAAUCCCAGAGAAUGGGUGCGGCGAAUGAAUGGAUAAAUGGGUACUUGGAAGCAAUUUUAGAUGCGGGGAGCAGCAAAGACCUGAAGAUGAUGAAGAAGAAGAACAAGAACAAACCAACCGCUGGCUUUGAAGAAGGAAUUCAUGAUGAUGGUUUUGAAAGGAAGAAGAUUACUACUAGUUAUAAUGAAGUUGACAAAGAAGACUCCUGCAAGCCCUUCAGUCCCACCAACUACUUCGUUGAAGAGGUUGUCAACAGCUUUGAUGAGUCUGAUCUCUACCAGACUUGGACUAAGGUGGUAGCAACUAAGAAUACUCGGGAACGCAACAACAGACUUGAGAAUAUGUGCUGGAGGAUUUGGCAUCUUACCCGUCGAAAGAAACAGAUAGCUCUGGACAAUGCACAAGGCCGGGGGCUAUCGAGAAGUGAGAAAUGUGGCAUUUUUAAUCACGAUGCUUGGGAGGAAGACCUCUCAGAGCUCUCGGAAGGAGAAAAGGAGAAGGGGGAAUGUAACCACCCAAUAUCAUCAUCAGAUAAUAAUAUUAAGAUUCCAAGAAUUAACUCUGAUAUGCAGAUAUGGUCAGAUGAGGAUCAUGAAGAUAAACCCAGGCGACUCUACAUUGUCCUCAUCAGUCUACAUGGGUUGGUUCGAGGAGAAAAUAUGGAACUUGGAAGAGAUUCUGAUACAGGUGGUCAGGUGAAGUAUGUGGUAGAAUUAGCAAGGGCAUUAGCCAAUAUGGCCGGAGUCCACAGAGUUGACCUUCUUACCCGCCAAAUCACCUCUACUGAGCUCGACUCUACCUAUGCCGAGCCCAUUGAGAUGCUCUCAUGCCCAUCUGACGCUACUGCCACCUCAUGUGGUGCCUACAUCAUUCGAAUCCCCUGCGGCCCCAAUCAUAAAUACAUUCCCAAGGAAUCGCUAUGGCCUUACAUACCCGAGUUUAUUGAUGGGUCCCUCAGCCACAUUGUCAAUAUGUCCAGAGCUUUAGGUGAACAAAUACAAGGAGGUGCGGGGAAACCAGCAUGGCCUUAUGUGAUCCACGGUCACUAUGCUGAUGCAGGAGAAGUAGCCGCACAUCUAUCUGGAGUGUUGAACGUCCCCAUGGUCCUAACUGGCCAUUCACUAGGGAGGAACAAGCUGGAGCAACUUCUCAAGCAAGGGAGGCUCUCCAGGGAAGUGAUAAAUUCAACAUACAAGAUCACCAGAAGAAUUGAAGCAGAAGAGUUUGGAUUGGAUGCUGCUGAAAUGGUGGUCACUAGCACAAGGCAGGAGAUUGAGGAACAAUGGGGUCUCUAUGAUGGAUUUGAUUUCAUGCUCGAGAGGAAACUUAGGGUUAGAAGGCGUCGUUUUGUAACCUGUCUUGGCCGAUACAUGCCCAGGAUGGUGGUUAUACCUCCAGGAAUGGACUUUAGCUAUGUCACUAACCAGGACACAUUUGAGGGUGAUGGAGAUCUAAACUCACUUAUUGGAUCUGAUAGGGCUCAAACCAAAAGAACUAUACCUCCAAUAUGGUCUGAGGUAAUGCGAUUUUUCACAAACCCCCACAAGCCUAUGAUACUGGCACUGUCCCGUCCUGACCCAAAGAAGAACGUUACCACUUUACUAAAGGCAUAUGGAGAAUGUCCACCUCUCAGAGAACUAGCAAACCUGACUCUAAUACUAGGUAACAGGGAAGACAUAGAAGAAAUGUCAGAGAGCAGCUCAGUUGUUCUUACAACUGUACUGAAGCUUGUUGACAAGUAUGACCUGUAUGGUCAGGUAGCCUAUCCAAAGCACCACAACCAGUCUCAGGUUCCAGAGAUAUAUCGUCUUGCCGCAAAAACAAAGGGAGUUUUCAUCAAUCCAGCUCUUGUUGAACCAUUUGGCCUCACACUGAUAGAAGCAGCUGCCUAUGCUUUACCCGUUGUCGCCACAAAAAAUGGUGGACCUGUCGACAUCAUCAAGGCCCUAAAUAAUGGCCUUCUUGUUGACCCGCAUGACCAUAAAGCAAUAGCAGAUUCCCUCCUAAAACUAGUAGCUGAGAAGAACCUCUGGUUCGAAUGCAGAAAAAAUGGCCUAAAGAAUAUCCACCGAUACUCAUGGCCAGAACACUGUCGCAACUACCUCUCCCAUGUUGAACAUUGCAGGAAUCGUCAUCCCAACACCCGCCUCGAGAUAACACCCAUUAAAGAAGAAGAACCAAUGAGCGACUCGCUAAAGGGUGUUGAGGACCUUUCACUCAAAUUCUCCAUUGACAGCGACAUAGAGUCUUUAAUCAGGCAAAAGGAAUUGAUCGAGGCAUUUACUACUCAUCGGAGGACAGCCUCCUCCUCCACUAAUGGUAUUUCUUCUUCUAGCAUUGCUUAUUGUCCUGGAAGAAGGAAAAGACUAUUUGUAGUAGCGGCUGAUUGCUACAAUAGGGAAGGAUGUUGUACAGAGCUGUUACCAAUGGUAAUUGAGAAUGUGAAACAAGCUGCAGCUGAUCUCUUAAGCUUAAACAGCAUUGGGUUAAUAUUAUUAACAGGUUUAACUUUACAAGAAAUAAAGGAAUUAGAAGAUGUAAGGUUGGAAGAUUUCGAUGCAGUGGUUUGCAGUAAUGGAAGUGAAAUGUGUUAUCCUUGGAAGGAUUGUUCUUCUACUACAACAGCUGAUGUGGAGUAUGAAGCUCAUAUUGAGUAUAGGUGGCCUGGAGAGAAUGUUAAGUCAAUUAUAACAAGGUUAGGCAGGAUAGAAGGUGGCGGCAGCAGGGAUGAAGAUGAUAUUGUGGAGAAUCCUAAAGCUUUUAGUUCAAGGUGCUUCUCUUACUGCAUUAAACCAGGAGCCAAGACAACAAGGAUAGAUGAACUGCGAAAGAGAUUACGGAUAAGAGGAUUGCGAUGUAAUCCCAUAUAUACCCGCGCUGCAUCAAGGCUGAAUGUCAUUCCAUUGCUUGCUUCAAGGAUUCAAGCAUUGAGGUAUUUAUCAGUUAAAUGGGGUAUUGAGUUAUCCAGUAUGGUAGUGUUCACGGGAGACAAGGGAGACACUGAUUAUAAAGAUAUCUUGGAAGGUCUCCAUAAGACGGUUAUUCUACCAGGUAUUACUGAAUAUGGAAGUGAGUUGUUUUUGUGCAGUACUGGAGAAAGUUACAUGAAGGAGGAUGAAGGCACCAGCUGCCUUAGCCUUGUUAAAGCACAAACCCAUGAAGUCAAUGACAUCAUCACAGCUUUGAAGACUUUAAGAUUCAUGUGAUCAUUUGACACUAAAUUUAAUUUCGUCUAAAGUUAAUGAUGAUGAUAUUGCAUAAGAAAUACUAAUUGUGUAGACUUAUAAGGAGUUGAACCUGAAGCACAGACAUGUAAAGGACCAAUACUCUAGCAAGAUAAGGUGGCUUGAAUUAAUUGACUCUGGGGCACAUUCCUAAUACUUGUAUGUAUAUGUGCACAAUAAUGAAA